GCUGCUAAACCAGCCAAACAACCAGCCACCCCUCCAUCCCCGCCACCUUCUUCCGGCCACCCCAGCCACCACUAUACCUCCAUUCUCGCCUUCAUUUUCUACCUUCUCUCUAUCUGGGUUCUCCCUUGAAUCUCCAGCAAAUGCCUCAAACCAACCACAAAACUUAGUACUACCAGUGUCUUGUUCAUGUUGAAAAUACUUUUCUGUCCCCAAAGUUUCCCACUUUAACGGAUGGAAGUCAAUAAGACAGCUGAAAAAGUAAAGCUCAGUUCAAGAAUUCUGAAAUUCUCUCACCCUAUGUUUUCUGUGUGGUCAUCUCCAACAAACCGUCCACCUGGCUCACGCUUUUUCUGACAGAAAAUAGCUUCAUUUUUGCGUUGUUACUGUAAAUUUUGAAGGGAUUUUUUGGGGAGGGUGAAAAAGAUGGAAUUUUUUAAUUCUUUCAAUGGGUUUCCUGAGAAUUAUGGGUAUCAAGGGACGGUGAAAAAUGGGUCGGGCUCAUCUUCUUCACUGAUUUUGGAUAAUGAAAAAGGAGAGCUAGUGAGGGCUCUGGUAAGGCCAGGGCAAAAAGGGGUUAAUGCAGAAAAGGCAUUGGUUGCUUUGAGGAAUCAUAGUGAAGCUGAGAGGCGAAGAAGGGAGAGAAUUAAUGGUCAUUUGACUUCUCUCAGGAGUCUAAUUCCCGGAACAAGUAAGAUGGACAAGGCAGCAUUACUUGCUGAAGUAAUUAAUCAUGUGAAGGAAUUGAGAAAGAAGGCAACUGAAGCUACUAAGGGUAUGCUUGUGCCAACAGACACCGAUGAAGUAAGAGUAGAAGAACACCAAGCAGAUGCAGCUGGAGAAGCUUCGUAUACGAUCAGGGCAUUUCUUUGUUGCGAUUAUAAGCAUGAGCUUUUCUCUGAUUUGAGACAAGCUCUUGAAACCCUUCCUCUGAAAACAGUGAGUGCUGAAAUUGCGACCUUAGGAAGUAGGAUGGUGAAUGUGUUUGAGAUGACUGGUUGUGACCAACAGAAUCUUGAGAAUUCUGAGGGACGCGAGCUCCUUGUAAAUUCAGUUCGUCAGGCUUUGAGGUCCGUACUUGAUAAAUUUUAUGCAUCAGAAGAGUUCUUGUCAAGAAAUGCUCUCUCAAACAAGAGACGCAGAGUUUCUCUCUUUAAUGCUUCAAGUUCAUCUUCCUUAGAAAACUUAUGGUGACAAGGUGACGUUUACAGAUAGGUUGGGUUGUGUUUUUUGUUUCUGCUAUUGUAAGUUUUCCAUUAUCCAGUCGAUCAGGUGCAAGAUAUAGGGAUAUGGGGAUUGAUGACAUAUGCACUAGCAUAUACUUCUUCUGCUUUAGGCACAGAAAGAGAUGUAUAUGCCAUUGCAUAUGCCAUCUGUUGUACGUGUAUGAAUCUGUUGUAUUUCUUGCAAUAUAUAGAACGAAAUCAUGAAUCAUAA